AUGCGAGACACUCACCACACCCCAGCACCGGUCGAUGCUUCGGCGAUAGAGGAAUACGCUCAGGCAAACAAGCAUGGAUUUCAGUUGGAGAAGCGGUCCAUGAAGCCGAUCAAUCCAAGCCGGCAAUGCUUCGCAGGAAAAAUCUAUGGCUUGAGGCUCAUAGUGGCGCUCCAUGCCCCAGCAGGUGAUUUUUACAGCUUCAUCGGAUGCUUCAGCGAGUUCCACCAUGUCUUCGUAGAGAACGCUCUUCCGGCGCACCUCGGUAUCAAAGAUUACGCCCGGAUUCUCGGCGAGGAGCUUGCGACGUUCGCUGAGACGUAUCACCAUCUCCUGCCACCACCCCGCAAAAUGGAAUCCAUGCAUGAUGCUCUCGAGGUUCUGGAGGAAAUCCGGCAGGAUGCACGCGAUUGGGAGAACGACGUCGCCAAGCUCUAUCCAGUUUUGGUUCUUCUCCCGGUGGACUUUUUGCCUGGGAACGAUGGCACGUUUGGCAACUGCAGCGGCCUCACUGACGACACCGAGGAGCCCGAUGGUGUUCCCAUGGACGAGCUGUGUGCGGAGCUGAUUGAUCCAACUAAACUACCGAUCUUCACUGUCACUUGGGACGUGAGCUCGCGCAGUGACAAGGAGAAGUUUGUGAGGCUGUCCGAGUAUGAGAAGAGAGGCCAUCUUGUGCUCACCGUGAGACCUCCAAGCUUUCAUCUUCCAACCGCUUGUCCGAGGAGCCUUUCCACGUACCUCUACCUGUGCCUGGCCAAGAAGCCAUUCCUUGUCGAGCACUCCAAUGCCGACCUCAACUUACCUUUGGUGGACUGGAACCUCCACACUGCGUUUGGCAGCGGCGUGGAGGACUUUUUGCGAUCUACGGUGAUGUGCGACUUGGAUGCUGGGCUCAAUGAGGGUGAAGCUGCGAAGGUUGAGUCCUUGAGGCCGCUGUUUAUGGAUCUGGACGAUGCUCUCUACUUGGAGCUGUGGACGAAACGUCAGUGCAGGAAGAAAAGUGGCUGGUUUUCUCUCGAUGCAGCUGGAGGGGACAUCGAGACUUCACACUUGCCGUGGCCGAUCAACAAGCUGGUGGCAUGGACAAGGAGAGCCAGAGCAAUGACCAGGCUUGGCAUCAACUGGAAGAACUCAGAAGCCAGACAAAAAGAGAUCUAUGGUCGAGCGUUGCGCGCUUACAAGGAUCUCUCCUCUGUAAAGCAACUGAACAAAGAUUCAAAGUACUUGUGUGGCAUGCGGCCCACGAGCCUCGAUGCAAUGCUCCUCGCUCACAUUCUAUUUGUGAAGCGCAUCUCUCUUGAGAACUCCAUUCUUCGAGCUGCGCUUGAGUUAGAGCAUCCGGAGCUCAUCGAGUACUCAGACCUUGGAAUUCUUCUUAUCGCCUGGCAGUGUGUCUGUGGAUUGGGGACGGGAUCCGCCGAGGUGCAAGGCAAACAGACCAUGGAUGACGGGAAGCAACUCAAGAAGCAAAAGGCUGGCGGUGGUGGCGACGCCAAGAGCCGUGAGCAGGACGGUAAGAACUUCCACGAGUUUGUGGACAAGCUCAAGAGCAAUGUGUCGGACGAGGAGGCGAGGCCGAUUCUUUUCGAGAACGCUCAGGAGAUGGAUGCUUCCAGUUCCGUUCAUGAGCAUUGA